UGACAGGAGCGGCUGCUGCUGCUGCUGGAGCCGCCGGUGCCUCCCUCCGCCCGGUUUUGCUGUCCGAGCACCAGAGACACCCCCCCCUAUCCCCCUUUCCCUCCUUACUCCUCAUCCCGGCUCCUUACCGCGGCUCACAGCCCGCCCCCCCCUCAUCCCUUAUCCCAGCUCCUCAUCCCGUUCCCUUAUCCCAGCUCCAUCCCGGUCGUCGCCUCUGCAAACCCCGUCCCGGGCCGCUGGCCGGGUUCACCGAGCCGCCCCGGUUGCCCCUCCGGGACAGGGAGCGGGACCGGGAGCUGCUACCGCUGCCGUUGCUGCUGCUGCCACCGCCACCGUUACCGCCGCCGCCGCCGCCGACCGGGCGAUGCCGAAGCCGCCGUUGCUGCUGCGGGGGAGCCGCCCCGGGGACAGCGAGCUGGGGCGGCAGUUCCGGGACUGGUGUUUGCGCACCUACGGGGACUCGGCCAAAACCAAGACGGUGACCCGGAGCAAGUAUCAACGAAUCGCCGAGGUGCUGCAGGGGGGAUCCGGCUCCGGUGGCGGCUCCGGCGGGGGGGAGAAAGGCAAGUUCCAGUUCUGGGUCCGGUCCAAGGGCUUCCGCCUGGGAAACGGCACCAGGGAGGCGACGAAGAUGGGUCAAGUGGUGGUAUAUGUGCCGGUGAAAACGGGAACGGGGGCAGAUGGACUGUCGGAGCCCGAGGGCAUCUCUCUGAAACGCGUGGCAGUGGUGGAAGAUUUCUUUGACAUCAUCUACUCCAUGCAUGUGGAGAGCUCGUCGGAGCCGGGCAAAGCACCCAAGCAUGCGGGGCAGAAGAAAACCUACCGAGCGAUCGCAGAGACCUACGCUUUCCUGCCCAGGGAGGCUGUGACCAGGUUCCUGAUGAGCUGCACCGAGUGCCAGAAGAGGAUGCACUUCAACUCCAAUGGCCUGGAGCCCAAAGAGAGUGAGCCACCUUCCUCCUUGGUUUCUGGGAUCAUUGACUACAACAUGCCCCUCACCUCCACCUACCUGAAGCAGAUGAAGCUGCGGGUGAUGAACUCUCAGGAGCAGGAUGAGACCUCGGUGAGCAGCGAGGACUUUGAUAUGAACGACUCCACAUGGAUCUCAGCUGACCAGCACCUGAACUCCAGCCUGAGCCCCAGCCAGGACGAGAGCAUGCGCAGCCCUCAGCCCCUGCCCGGCCAUGAGGACGACGACUCCUCGUCAGAGAGCUGCAGCGGGAAUGGUUCCUCCACCCUGAACCCCUCCACCUCCAGCAGCACGCAGGGCGACAGCAGCUUCCCCGAGAUGAACGGCAAUGGCCCCGCGGCCCCCAUGGACUUCACGGCGGCGGCCGACGAGCAGCCAAUCAACCUCUGCGACAAGCUGGCCCCCGCCCACGCCACCCCCUCCUACCCCCCGGACGGCUGCGGCGCCGACGGCCUGCGCAGCAGGGUCAAGUACGCCGUGAAGAGCACGGCCGAGUCCCCCCCAUACAGCUCUGGAAGCUACGACUCCAUCAAGACAGAGGUCAGCGGCUGCCCCGAGGACCUGACCGUGGGCAGGGCCCCCACGGCCGACGAGGACGACGAUGACCACGAUGACCACGAGGACAACGACAAGAUAAACGACUCGGAGGGGAUGGACCCCGAGAGGCUAAAAGCCUUCAAUAUGUUCGUGCGCCUCUUCGUGGAUGAGAACCUGGACAGGAUGGUUCCCAUCUCCAAGCAGCCCAAGGAGAAGAUCCAGGCCAUCAUCGAGUCCUGCAGCAGGCAGUUCCCCGAGUUCCAGGAGCGGGCACGGAAGCGCAUCCGCACCUACCUCAAGUCCUGCCGCCGCAUGAAGAAGAACGGCAUGGAGAUGACCAGGCCCACGCCACCACACCUGACCUCAGCCAUGGCGGAGAACAUCCUGGCUGCCGCCUGCGAGAGCGAAACGCGGAAAGCAGCCAAGAGGAUGCGGCUGGAGAUCUACCAAACGUCCCAGGACGAGCCGAUCGCUCUGGACAAGCAGCACUCCAGAGACUCCACAGCCAUCACCCACUCCUCCUACUCACUGCCAGCUUCAUCCUACUCCCAAGACCCAGUCUACAUCAACGGCAGCCUCAACUACAGCUACCGUGGCUACGGCUCCCUGGGGGGCAGCCUGCAGCCCCCUGCCUCCCUCCAGACAGGCAACCACAGUAACGGUCCAACCGAUCUCAGCAUGAAAGGUGGGGCCUCCAGCACGGCCGCCUCCAACAGCACCAGCAGGGGGAUGCAGGCUGCGCAGCUCAGCCCUACGGAGAUCAGCGCCGUGCGGCAGCUGAUCGCCGGCUACCGAGAGUCGGCGGCGUUCCUGCUGCGCUCCGCAGACGAACUGGAAAACCUCAUUUUGCAGCAGAACUGACUCCCCGGGGCUGCCUCCCUCCUCCUCCAACUCCUCCUCCUCCUCCUCUCUCCAGAAGACAAUUUGUACCUGCUCGAGCCAGGCUCCCACCCCCAUCCUGCUCAGGACCGUCCAGCGGCGGGCACUCGUAGUUUUAGAAGGUGGAACCCUAAAGACCUCUUUUGUUUUACACUCCAAGCACCUGGGACUUGAGGCACAAGGACACGUUCUGCCCCCUUCCACUGCCCGAGCAGAAGCCAACCCUUGGAAGGAUGUGGGGACUGCCGAGGGCAGAAGGGAGCCUGGGGAGGUUUGGGGCUGCAGAUGUAUUUAGGAUCACCUUUGUGGACCCAAAUGUUAGAUUCCCGUCGUCCGUCCCCGCCCCCCCCUCC